CUCCUUCUGGGUAACUCCGUCAACCUCCGAGCUUCCGUUACUGGGCCGGUUGCCUCGGACGGUGAUGGUCCUGCGUCUCAGGCGGGCCAAACGUGCUGCCAGGAAACAGCUGCAAUUGUCGGAAUUUUACAAGGGUCAAAGGGUGAUGCAGGUCAAAAAGGAGAGCCGGGUGACGACGGCAGAGGCCUGCCGGGCAAGAUGGGACCAAGAGGUUUAGUUGGGCCAACAGGGGAAACUGGUGUCAAAGGUCAAAAGGGCGAUAUCGGCCCCCGGGGUCAGCGGGGAGCACGUGGUGUCAAAGGUCAGUUUGGGCUCCAAGGUCGUACUGGUAUUGCAGGCGAGCCAGGGCUUAUCGGACCGAUUGGCCCUCAAGGUGACACUGGGCCUAAAGGUUCAGUCGGGCAAACCGGUCAGACUGGUGUCAAAGGUCAAAAGGGUGAGCCAGGGGAGGCACCAGACGACUCCAACCAGCGGGUAGCAUUCACCGUGGUGAGGACGAGCAACUCGGAUACCUCUACGAGUGUCGACACCCGUUUGCCCUUCCAGGCGACCGAGACGCUUCUGCCGGGUACCAGCUUCGAUCUCGAGACCGGCACGUUCACGUGUGGUGUGCCGGGCACCUACGUGUUCAUGUUUUCUGUGCUCAAAUUGUCUUCCAGCAGCAACCUGUACGUUUAUCUCCGGAAGAACGGCGACGUGGUUGUCUCUGGCUAUAGCGAUGAUUCAAGUCACUGGGAGCAGGUGUCUGGGAGCGCGGUGGUGGUUCUGCAGCGUGGAGAUACGAUGUAUCUCACAAUGUACGGUAGGGCGUAUAGUGAUUCCAAUCACCUCACCUCAUUCAGUGGCUUCCUCCUUUACCCCGAAUAA